UGCCUAGCCGUGCGCAUAAACACGCGCUCGCUAUUCUUUGUAGUCAGUAACGGUCAGCCUAUAUAAAUGAUUCACGCUCGAAUGUGAACGCUUUCUAAGAAAAUGACAACGGUAAUUUUACCGGACACAUUUAGCAGAAAUUACUUAAGUUUUUAGUAGACACUACAACUAGUUGUUGUCAAUGGUACGGCGUGGACACUCGAUUAGUGUUUAAAUUAAAUUAUGAAGUGAACAAAGGAAGGAUUGAGCGAAGAAAGAAGUGAUGUGGAGUCAACUCUGAUGUAGAAGGCACCGCCAUGGAUCACUGGGUGACGGCAGCGAGCGCGCUGUUGGCCUUCUUACUAUACUAUAACACCUUAGACGCCGGCUUCGUCUACGAUGACAGACGAGCGAUCCUAUCCAACCCGGACGUCAUCGGGCACACUCCACUAUGGUCGUUAUUUGAAAACGAUUUCUGGGGUACUCCACUCUCAGAUCCCGGCUCGCACGGCUCCUACAGACCGCUUUGCGUUGCGACAUAUCGACUGAACUACGCAUUCGGCGGAUUCAAGCCUUGGAGCUAUCACUUUCUCAACAUAAUAUUUCAUUGCACGGCCACUGUUUUAGUGGUGACAACGGCUCGGAGACUUUUACCUCCGUAUUGUAUGAGAGUCGGCACUGCCGUCGCUGGACUUACCUUCGCUGCACAUCCGAUACACACAGAAGCAGUGGCAGGGGUAGUCGGCCGAGCCGACCUCGUUUCCUGUAAUUUAUUCCUUUUGAGUUUCCUAAUUUACACUGAACACAUUCGUCUUCGCGAUGAACAAUAUAAAAAGAAACAUCGAACAAUAGUGAAAGAAAAAACGAUCCGGUGCGAAGUUUCGUCGAGAGAUCAAUCAUUCCGCUUAACUUGCCACGGUUUAAUGCAGCACAUAAUGCUAAACUUUCGUAGACUGCUAAAGGCGAGUAAAUCAGGACCGAUGAAGGUGUUUGACGCUUGUGAUAUAAAAGGAACCGUGAGACAGGUUAAGUGUCAGUACAGUGAUAGUGUCAGUGGGGAUACGAGUGAACUUUUGCAGUGGGUCGCGUUGGGAGGGACACUUGUGUUCGCUGCAGCCGCCACUUUGUGCAAAGAACCGGCGAUAAUGGUUCUGCCACUUUGCAUAUUCUAUGACUUCCUGAGAGGUCCUCGACACGAGGAAUCCUACUUUAAGUGGAGAUGGCGUAGUGUCUGCGCGCUCAGCAUGGGCGGCUUCGCGUUGCUUUACUGGCGGCUGAGACUAGCCGGGGUACCUGCUCCGUUUGCAGCAGCGGAUAAUCCAGCCUCAAGAGAUCCCUCACUCUUUACAAGAGUCUACACUUUUGCCUACCUUCCCAUUUUCAAUUUUUUUCUUCUGAUUUUCCCCUAUCACCUCAGUUUCGAUUGGUCUAUGGACGCUAUACCAAGAAUAGUUACUAUACUUGAUCCACGUAACAUCUUCACAAUGGCGUUUUACGCUGUCAUAUCUAAAGUAACUUGGCGGCUCUUAGUUAAUGAAUUCAAAAAACCUCCAGAUAAUUUAGUCAGAGAAAUGAAAUUCUACAAAAAGCAAAGUUGCAAGACUAAACAUAGAUGGAAUUAUAAUAACUGCAAACAAUACAAUAGAGGACAAGACUGUGUCGAGAGAAAAAGCUAUCAUGGUCCGCACAAAGAGAAUGUAUCAUCUAAAAAGCUAUUGUGUCCGUGCACCGGUUGCAAACAUUCGCUCACUGAUGAGCACACGAGCUUGUGCCGAGCUAGUAACAACAACAACAUUAUGAUGCAUAAUUCUGUUUGCAUUUGCCCAAUACCUCAUUCAAAAACUAGGACACAGAAUCUUUACAGAAUAGUUAAUCGCAGUCCGCAAGUUGCAUUUUUAAUGUUUGUUGCUUUUAUGGUUUUGCCAUUUAUACCUGCAACGAAUUUUUUAUUCUACGUCGGUUUUGUGAUUGCUGAAAGAGUGUUGUAUACCCCUAGUGUAGGCUUUUGUUUAUUACUUGGACUUGGGGCUGGAACUUUGACAAAAAAUUGGCACCGAAAUGAGAAACGAAGUAGGAUAUUUAUGAUGUCGCUUCUCAUAUUACUUUCGGCCAUGUGUGCUAGGACUUUAUCAAGAAAUAUUGACUGGAGGGAUGAAGAAAAUCUGUUCAAAAGUUCGUUGCAUAUCAAUCCACCAAAAGCGUAUGGAAAUCUUGGUAGUGUGCUGACGGCUCAGGGGCGAAUGGCGGAAGCGGAAGCUGCGUUUUUGAAGGCGCUCAAAUAUAGACCAAACAUGGCCGACGUUCAUUACAAUCUGGGAAUUUUACUACAGAACCAAAGGAGGUACGGCGAAGCUAUCAAAAGUUUUGAGAGAGCAAUUUACUUUCGACCUUCAAUGGCUCUGGCAUACGUGAAUUUGGGAACUUCGCUAAUGGCGGACGGGCGGUUAGCUGAGGCGGCGAGUGCGUUACGCGCUGGGUCGCGCGCGGACGGUAUCCGGGUGAGAGAUCGACGCGAACACGAAGCCGCACGUGUCUCUGCUUUGGUGCAACUAGCAGCUUUACACUCGCAGCGAGGACAUUGGCAUAAAGCGCUGUCAGCGUACAAAGACGCCCUGCAAAUAUUACCAGACAGCAACACUCCUAUCGUUGGAUGGACCCGACAUAACGUGCUAUCUAUGGCGAGUGAAAUAUACGUGCAACUUCAACAGUGGCCGCUGGCGGAAAACAGUAUUCUUUCAGCCUUGGCCAUAGCACCUCAAGACGUACGCACACAUGUCACACUUGCACAAAUACUUGCGAGAAACACGAGUAGAAGUAUGGAAGCCGAGCUGUGGUUCAAAAAGGCGCUGCUGUUAGCACCUCAAGAUCCUUCUAUAAGAGAUCAAUUUGGCAUGUUUCUGAGAUCACAUCGUCGCUUCCGCGAAUCUGCGGAACAGAUGGUCGUGGCUGCGCAGCUGUCGCCUGACAGCGGUGCGAGGGCUGCGGCGGCCGCCAGAGCGCUCCGUGACGCUCGAAGGUGCAGGGCGGCGGAGCGUUGGUACGCUCGGGCGGUACAGUUAAAUCCUGAGGACGCCGAGUACCAUUCGAACUUGGGUGCUAUUUUGCAUCUGAACGGGAAAUACACGGCAGCCGCAACCUCAUACAGACGGGCGUUACAACUACAACCAAAUGAUGAAAUCACUACAACCAAUUUAAAGAGAGUCAGAGCACUCAUGCACAGUCAAAGAAGGAAAUAAUUUUUACACGUCAUGUCAAUUGCCAAGCUAAUUAGUAAAAUCAAUUGUUUUAAUAGACAGUUAAAAUAAACUAGAAUUGUUUUGUGGUUAAGAAGGCCUCUAAAACUGUCAUCGGUCAUAGGACCUUUGUGGAGUCGUGUUUCAAUUACGAUCGAUAAAUAUUUUAUUAGAUUUUAUUACAUUAAAAUUACUCAUGGUUGCUAAAUCGAAUUCUAAUGUAAUUCAAAAGGAACCUUACAAAAAAGUUCAGUUUUAGCUAGAAAUUGAUUAAUGUUAAUAUAUUUUUAAAAUUAUAACGAUUUUAUACGUGGCUGGAUUUAAUGAUACCGUGUAACUGUGAAUAUAAAACUAAAAAAAAAAAAAACACCUCAUUAAUUUAUUUCGUCUUCCAUAAGAAAAUAUUAUGCUGUUUUUAUAGUGAAAUAAACGGUAAUGGUAUAAAGGCUAGUGCUCAUUUAUUGUGUUGUGCUAUUCUUUAGGCUACUUAUAACAUUCGCGAAAAUAAAAUUGUAAUUCGGGUGAAGCUAAUACGUUUUAGAAAAACAUUAUAUCGUAAAAACGAUAGCAGUGCUAUUUUCAAAGUCAAUGAAUCUGCUAAUUUUCUUGUAGACUACAGUCCUAUUUAACACACUCUCCUUCUUUCGUAUAGUACAUUCCUACAUGAGCU